UGGGCUGAGCUCUACAUACUCUCUCUCAGGCAGCACAGGGGUAGAGCCUGCUUUCAAUCAAUAACCUCUGGAAUUCAGAAAUACAAGUAGGUCCCGUCUCUGGCAGGCUCUGCCACACUCUUGUGGACGGCGGACUCCCUAGUGCACCGGUUAGAUCCCUCUGUGUAUUCCUCCGUCUGUCUGUCUGCCUUUCUCUCUCUCUACAGUUCUGAGGAGUGUUUGUGUAGUGUAGUGAGUAGCGACGAUGGCUGAUCCCACGUCUUCGGAUUACUUCAGCUGCCCACUGUGUGUGGGGCUGCUGAGGGACCCCGUGGCUAUCCCCUGCGGACACAGUUUCUGCAUGGACUGCAUCAGCGGCUACUGGAACGAGGCAGACUACACAGGGAUCUACAUCUGCCCCCAGUGUAAGAUCACCUUCACCCAGAGGCCUGUGCUCAGGCCCAACACUAUGCUCACCAAGGUGGCAGAGAAGAUCAAGAAGACUGGUGCCAACCUCAACCUGAACCUCACGCCUCCAGGGAACACCUUUGCUGGGCCUGCCGACGUGCCCUGUGACUACUGCUCUGGUAAGAAGCUCAAGGCUGUUAAGUCCUGCCUGAACUGCCUGGCCUCAUACUGUGAGAAGCACCUGAAGCCCCACUAUGAGUCAGCCACAUUCAAAAGGCACAAGCUGGUGGACGAGCUGGGGAACCUGGACAGAAAGAUCUGCCCCCAGCACCAGAAGUCCCUGGAGCUGUUUUGCCGGACCGACCAGAUGUGUAUCUGUGCCAUCUGUACUGUCAGCGAACACAAGGGACAUGACAUCGUCUCAGCCGAGGCAGAGAGGAGUGAGAAACAGAAACUCCUGGGAGUUGCUCAAGCUGAGAUCAGACAGAAAUGUCAGGACAGGGUGAAGGAGCUGGAGGAACUGAGAACAGCAGUGGACUCACUAAAGAGCUCAGCCCGGAGGGCCAUGGCGGAGAGUGAGAAGAUGUUUGAGGAUAUGAUCCGCUCCAUCGAGAGAAUGAGGUCAGAGGUGACAAAGAUGAUUGGCAUCAACGAGAAGGCUGCGUUCAACCAGGCUGAGGGGCUGGUGGAGAGGCUGGAGCAGGAGAUAGAGGAGCUGAAGAAGAAGGAGACGGGACUCAAACAGCUGUACAGCACUGAGGACCACAUCCACUUCCUACAGAACUUCAACUAUCUGUGUACUCCCACGGAUGAUGGCUUUAUCCCCAGAGUGUCGGUGAACCCAGACUUCUCGUUCAGCGCAGCCAGGAAAGCCGUGGCAGAGAUCAAGGAUCGUCUGGAAGAGCUGGGUAGAGAGGAACUUGUGAAGAUCUCCAAGUCAGUGAACGAAGUCCCUGUUUAUACGACAGAAAAGAGAGAGAAAAGCAGCAGAGUCAUAGAAGUCAUGACAGUGGACAGCCCUCCUCCACCAGAGCCCAAGACCAGAUCAGAGUUUCUGAAAUACUUCUGCCAGCUGAGACUGGACCCCAGCACAGCCUACAAGGAGCUACACCUGUCAGACAGCAGCAGAAAGGUGAUCCGAACCAGGGACCUCCAGCCCUACUCUGACACCCCGGAAAGGUUUGACAGCUUCGCGCAAGUGCUGUGCCGCGAGGCCCUGUCUGGUGGCCGCUUCUACUGGGAGAUCGAGUGGAGUGGGGAGUUCUCCAUGGGGGUGGCCUAUAAGGGAAUCAGCCGCAAGGGGAAAGGAUCACUGUGUCUGCUGGGCUAUAAUGAUAAGUCCUGGAGCCUGCUGUGUUCUGAUACAGGGUACUCAGCCUGGCACAACAGGGCAGAUAAAUCCAUCAAUGCGCCCCAUUCACCGAGGAUAGGAGUCUACCUAGACCACUCGGCAGGGGUCCUGGCCUUCUUCAGUAUAGGCAACCACAUGACUCUCCUGCACAGGUUCGAAACCAUGUUUGUGGAGCCCCUCUAUCCCGGCUUUGGAGUUGGAACCUCGGUCAAGAUCUGUCAACUCAAAUGAACACGAACAUGUGCCUCUUGUUCCUUGAUGAAAAAUAUACUCAGUUUUUUUUAAAGAACGUUUCGGAAUAUUUUUCACACGGUGCCCCCUAUGCAUCAUUUGUCAUUUGUUUUGUUUUUCUUUGAGACUGACUGUGCCACAUUGCUCCAUCCAAGAGUUCUAUUUUAUGAAUGUUCUAAACAUUUGAAUGAGCAGAGGUCCUAAUAAUAACAUUGUAUGUAAACAUAUAACCUUUAUCUGACAGCAAGUAUUCUUUAUCUAAUGGUAUUUUGAAAAACUAGUAUCUACAUGGUCAACUAAAUGUGUUUGUACUGUAUGUAACAGUUAGCUUUUUAUGACUAGAAUAACUAUUUUCAAUAAAGAUGAAAUGACCACUCA